AUGUUUUCCUUCAAGUGCCAAAUAUGUUGGGGAAGCAAAUAUUACAAAACAACCCCCACACAACAUAUCACUGAUCCUGGAAAAUUUGCUCCCAAUGGCUCCAUGGCCCAGUACGAGUGUUCGAUAGGGACCUACAUGCCUUACAAUGGCUACGCUGAGUGUUUCGAAUGUGAGCCUGGUUUUUACUGUCCAGACAAAGGAAUGACCAAUAGAACAGCCUGUCCAGCUGGUUAUUACUGUGGAAACGGAAGCUAUGUCCCAACAGCUUGUGAACCUGGAUACUUCUCUAAUGAAACACAUAAGACCAAUAUCAGUGAUUGUCAGCCUUGUCCGCCAGGUCGAUACUGUCAGAAUCGAGGUGCCACUGAGGUGACCGGGAAAUGUAAGGCAGGACACAUCUGUUACGGGCUGGCUUUGUAUGACGACCCAGUCUACAACAACGACACGUCCGGAAACAAGACUGCGAUCCUGUGGGGAGACACCUGUCACCCCGGGUAUUAUUGUCCCGAGGGGACCUCUGUCAUGGUGCCCUGCCCUCGAGGUACCUACAAUCCAGACAGAAGUGGAACCUCAGAGGCAGCCUCCUGUAAACCUUGUGACCCGGGAAAAUACUGUAAUGGAACAGCCCUGACAGAAGUCACAGGUGACUGUUCGGCUGGAUAUUACUGCACAGGUGGGGCUUGGAUUCCUGACCCCAUAGACAACACGACCGGUAACAUCUGUCCUAUUCAUCACGUAUGUACAGCUGGAUCAGACACCCCCAAAACCUGUUCUAUUGGUUAUCAUGCUAAUAGUACGGGGAUGUCUGCCUGUCAGCUGUGUAUGGCUGGAUUUUUGUGUAGUCCUGGAACUGAACCAGCACUUUGUCCAAUGGGUUACUACUGCUUGGCCAGUACAGUCCUGAUCCCAAUCUCACAAGGAACUCCUUGUCCCGUGGGAACAUUUGGAGACAAGAUGGGAUUAACAGAGGAAAGCAACUGUACUCAGUGUCCUGCUGGAAAAUACUGCGAGACUACAGGAUUGACCAACUACACUGGCCUGAUAAGUGCUGGACACUGGUCAAGGUAUGGAUCUGGAACAAGAACUCCACUUGUUGAUGACAGUGCGAUCCUGGGUAUCUGCACCAAAGGCCACUAUUGUCCCGAGGGAAGUGAAAUCCCCACAGCCUGUCCCUCAGGAACUUAUGGAGAUAGCUGGAAGCUGACCUCUCUUGCCGCCUGCGAUGCCUGUGAUCCUGGUACAUACUGCCCCAUCACCAACAUGACAGCGACGGGAAGUCAGUGUGAUGCAGGAUUCUACUGUAGUGGGGGGUCACCAGAGAGUGCCCCCGUCAAUAAAACAUGGGGAGAUGAGUGUCCCGCAGGUUCCUAUUGUCCUGCUGGAUCAUCAGCACCAAUUCCAUGUCCAGCUGGAAAGUACACCAAUUCCACCCGAACGGUCACCUGCCUGGACUGUCCCAUCGGUCACUACUGUGUUAUUGGCACCAGUGACCCUGUCCCUUGUCCAGAGGGCUUUUGGUGUCCAGUUAGGUCUGUGUCGGCUAAUCUCAAUCCAUGUCUGAUAGGACAAUAUUUGAACACAACAGGAGGGCAGAAGGCUGCAGAUUGUCUGAGUUGUUCACCAGGUAAAUACUGUGAGACCACUGGGCUGUCCACACCAACAGGAAAUUGUGAUGGUGGGUGGUACUGUACAAGUGGAGCCACUGUGGCCCGUCCCACCAUGACGGCACAAGGUGGGCAGUGUACCGUAGGAAACUUCUGUCCCAACGGCAGCUCAGCAGAAACACCCUGCUCCCCAGGAAUGUACUGUGACAAUGUUGAGUUAUCUGCUCCUGUUGGUAACUGUUCUGCUGGUUACUUCUGUUCCUCUGGAUCCACAAACUCCACACCAGUUAGCCAGGUGUACGGUGACCUUUGCCCACCGGGAACCUACUGUCCAGCUGGAAGUUCUGCUGGAACCAACUGUCCUCCGGGAACCUACCUGAACACCACAGGUGCCCAGAGUGAGUCAGAUUGUCAGACCUGUGUCCAGGGCUCUUACUGCAGUGGGUACGGGAACACCUAUCCUACCGCCGAAUGUGAUGCGGGCUAUUACUGUCCAGCCGGAAUGAACAUCUCCAACCCAUCAGAGUACACCUGUCCUCAAGGUCAUUACUGCCCCCAGGGUAGCCACACCCCCACUCGCUGUAGUUCUGGUACCUACCAGGAUCAGACAGGUCAAGGUUCCUGUGUCACCUGUCCGGCCGGAUUCUUCUGUGACAACACCAUGGCUCCAGUCGUCCUCUAUAAUAGCUCCUACUGCCCUAUUGGAUACUACUGCCCUGCGGGUACGAGGUAUUCGAGCCAGUAUCCCUGUCCUAGUGGGACCUUUGGUAAUGUGACGGGUAUGCAGGCUGUAGGGGACUGUAUACAGUGUCCAGGAGGGUACUAUUGCGACAUGACGGCUCAGACCACCUUCACACAAAUCUGUCAGGCCGGGUAUUACUGUAGACAGGGGGCCAAGUCUGGAACUCCCAGCCAGGGUACGGAUGCUGAUGAAUGUCCAGCGGGCUACUACUGCCCAGUCCAGACCACAGAUCCCCAGAAAUGUCCUCAGGGAACCUACUCUAAUGCCACCAAACUGACAGCAGUCACAGAAUGCACCAACUGUACAGCUGGAAUGUACUGUGGCUCUACAAACCUGGUGGAGCCGAGUGGCACCUGUUGGGCUGGAUAUUACUGUCCAGAGUCCUCUACAUCACCUACACAAGUGGACUGCCCUGUGGGAGCUUACUGUCUCAAUGCCAGCUCUAGUUUUACUCUUUGUCCAAAAG